UUCACCUUUUUGAUGUGAAAGUCAGCUAGCAGGAGACGGAAACAUUAAAGGCUCUGAUAUCACCAAAUGGACUACUUGAAAUCAACCUCGGAUGCUACAAGUGAAAGAGGAGGUUUACGCGGAAAAUUGAAGAAGGUCGUUCUCGCCUAUAGUGGUGGCUUGGACACUUCAGUCAUUGUUCCAUGGCUUAGGGAGAACUAUGGUUGUGAGGUUGUUUGCUUCACUGCUGAUGUUGGUCAAGGUAUAAAGGAAUUGGAAGGUUUAGAAGAGAAAGCCAAGGCCAGUGGGGCUUGUCAGUUGGUAGUGAAGGACUUGAAAGAGGAAUUUGUUAGAGACUACAUAUUCCCUUGUUUGCGAGCUGGCGCGAUUUACGAGAGAAAAUACUUGCUGGGUACCUCAAUGGCCCGGCCUGUUAUUGCCAAGGCCAUGGUGGAUGUUGCCAAAGAAGUUGGAGCCGAUGCCGUUGCUCAUGGAUGCACGGGGAAAGGAAACGACCAGGUUCGCUUUGAGCUGACAUUCUUCGCCUUAGACCCGAAACUAAAUGUUGUGGCUCCUUGGAGGGAAUGGGAUAUUAGAGGUAGAGAAGAUGCUAUUGAAUAUGCCAAGAAGCACAAUGUUCCUGUCCCAGUGACUAAGAAAUCCAUUUACAGCAGAGAUGGGAACUUGUGGCAUCUUAGCCAUGAGGGUGACAUCUUAGAAGACCCCGCAAAUGAACCUAAGAAGGAUAUGUAUAUGUUGACAGUGGAUCCAGAAGAUGCACCAAAUGAACCUGAAUAUAUAGAAAUCGGGAUUGUCUCGGGGCUACCUGUUUCAAUCAAUGGGAAGGAGUUUUCCCCCGCAUCUCUUCUUUCCGAGCUCAACCAAAUUGGCGGAAGGCAUGGCAUAGGCCGUGUUGACAUGGUUGAAAACCGCCUUGUUGGCAUGAAGAGCCGCGGAGUUUAUGAAACUCCAGGGGGCACCAUCCUCUUCACUGCUGUCCAGGAGCUCGAGUCCUUGACACUGGACCGAGAAACAAUGCAAGUCAAAGACUCACUCGCCCUCAAGUAUGCUGAGCAGGUCUACGCAGGCAGGUGGUUUGACCCACUUCGCGAGUCAUUAGAUGCUUUCAUGGAGAAUAUCACAAAGACCACAACAGGCUCAGUGACACUCAAACUGUACAAAGGUUCUGUUAGUGUGACAAGCAGGACCAGCCCCUUUAGUUUGUACAGGCAAGACAUUUCCUCGUUUGAAAGCGGGGAAAUUUAUGAUCAAGCGGAUGCUGCCGGGUUCAUCCGGCUCUACGGGCUUCCAAUGAAGGUUAGAGCAAUGCUUGAGAAGGGUGCGUGAAUAAAUCUUCCUAUCAAAUAACACCAGUGUCCAGUGCUUUUGCAGUGUGUAAGGCAUUUGGAUUUGAGUUUUUGUUGUUCUAAUAUGAUGUAGUUUCUCAUUUAUCUUCUUAAUGGUGUCGUUUAGGGCCCAUUUGUGACACUUGAUUGUCGUUCAGAUCAGAAUGAAAAUAUCCGGAUCUAUGGUUGGCACCUUGAAUGAAGUCUAUUGGAGUAACUAUUAAGUUAAUACUU